AUGGCGAGAAACAACGACAGAGGUAGCAGGAAUGACUUGAAGACGUGGCAAUGGGGACUCAUUGGACUUGCCAUUGUGCUUGGAAUAGGAAUGUUGCUUUUCGUCUUUAAUUUCAUAAAGAAUCGUCCGCAACGUGGUGAUAAUCGUAGAGAAGUAAUACAGACACUGGAUUCGCGUCAUCCACAGCCAGUGAACGACGUCAAUUCGUUGCCGACUGUAUCUUGUAAAAGCAAAGUGGCAGCCAGAGGGACCACAGGUUCCCAAAAUACCAACUCGUUCCAGAUGCCGGACUUUUCAGAUGGAAGCUAUCGCACGCAUGCUAUGAACCUGAUGAGUAGCACGCUGACAGACACUGACAUUGUGACAGAGCAACAGGAGCGUGUGUUUUCACCCAUUAGUGCGUCUUCUCUGUCCGCACGAUCAUCACUAUACUCUCAAGGCGUAGACACAAGCACGAUGCUAAACACUGCAUGCUUGCUAGAGGUGAGUCAUGUUCGCGGAAAUAUUAGUGAGUCUGGUCGUCCUCCAUACCCGUCUCUUAGCAGCUAUUCUACGCCGAGUGACAUAGAGUCGCUUUCCAGCCAAAUAACUAUUGAUGACUCCGACAUAGAGACCGGUGAGAGACUUUCAUGCCCUCGUAAGAAGUCGAUUGAGUUUUAA